CUCAAUCUUGACAAAAUAGCUAAGCUGCCACCACACAUGUCAACUUCUUGGUUACUUUCCACUCCUUAUUCAAAGCUAAACCACCACUUCUACCGCCGUCUCCGCCGUAAGCACCGCCUGAUUUACUCGCGGGAUUUAUUAUUUUCCGGCACCGGUGAACAAAUGGUCACCACUAACAGCGCUAGUAGUAGUAGAGGUGCAUUUACAACACUUAAAGAAAGGGUUAUUUUUGAGAAAGAAAUCAAGAAGAGUAAAUUUAUUGCCAUUGCUGGACAUAUUCCUGAUGAGGGGUCUGCUCAAUCUUUCCUUUUAGAGGUACGAGAUCCUCGAGCUACACAUAAUUGUUGGGCAUACAAGGUUGGGGAACAAUAUCGGACUAAUGAUGAUGGCGAACCAUCCGGUACUGCUGGAAAGCCAAUACAUUCUGCAAUUGCAUCCUCAGGAUUGGAUAGAAUCAUGGUUGUUGUGAUCAGGCAUUUUGGAGGAAUUAAGCUUGGCACUGGGGGUCUAGUCAGAGCUUAUGGAGGAGUAGCUGCAGAAUGUUUGAGAAAUGCUCCUACAUGUAUCAUAAAAUCUAAAGUUCCGAUGGGCUUGGAGGUUCCUUUUGAACUAUUAGGAGCUCUAUACCAUCAGCUACAGUCUUUCCAAGCAGUAGAUAUCAAGCAGGAUUAUGAUACGGGGAAAGAUGGAGUCACCAUGGUCACAUUCAAAGUUGAUUUUGACCAUGCACAAGGUUUAGAAGAAGCUAUUAAGGCCAACUGCAGUUGUGACAUUGUAUUCUACAAACACUAGAAUUUUUCCAUAUCACGUCGUCUGAUGGUUUUGGUUCCAUCCCGCUGGAACUUAUGGAGAUCUGAAAUACCUUCUGCUCCAGAAGCAAGCUGCAUGUCGAGAUGGUUAAUAACAUCCGCUCACUCUUGAAAGGUUCAUGACCCUGAGCUGAUUGUUUAAUAUGUAGCCUAGCUUCUUUAACUGAUGGAUACACAACUUUACUUUUUUGGGAACUCGGUGGAUAACCUGAUGGAUACUGGAAACUAAUUGUAGUUUUCCGCCUCUUUUUAGUCUUUGUUCUGUAAUUAGGAGUCGUAGAGGAGACACAAGCUUGAGAGGUGGUCUGUCUUCUUUUGCUCUUAUAUUCGUACAACUUCUAGAGAUAUAUACUUGUACAGUCUUCCCAUACUUUUUUUUAUCUGUUCUCAAGAAUAAGACAUGGAUGCUCUAAACACUUUAGUAGGCUUAGUUGUAAUUAUGCUGUGAUAGCAAAUACUUGAUUGCA